AUGUCACAACUUUACCGCGGGCGGUCGUAUCAAAAUAUUUUGCGCAAACUCCCACGGAAUCUUGUGGUAUUCGAUGGGCACUGUCUUAUGUGUCAGGCACGUGUGCGGCACGUGUUGGAACGCAAUUUCUCGUACUUUAGUUUCAUUCGUAUCAUGCAGGGCAUUGAUCCGGUGAAACUGGAGGCGAACAAAAUGUUGUUUUGCAGUUUUGACUCCGUUGAGUGGCGUGAGGUGCGCCGCAACUUCCCACAUCUUUUAAAUGAUGCGGACGGUGUCGUGCUGAUUGAGAAGGUGCCAUCAAAAACGGCCUCCUUUUUAAGUCGCGUAAGACAAGGACAAAAACCGCGACGUCAACAGGGAGGAACAGGCGGCAUGAACAGCAGUGAAGAGAAAAGAGGCCUGAAGAAUUUCUUUCAAACGAACAUUUUUUCUUUUCCUCUUGCCUCGUCCAGUGUAACAACCCCAAGAGGGCUCGCGGGCGGUUUUGAUGUUGUGGAGGAGGAUGUGGACAUUGUUGUAUCUGUGAAAUACGAGGCGGUAUGCCGUAUUGGGAUGAAGCUGGAUCGAUGGUUGCUGCGUACACUCUUUUGCUGCCUAUACUACAUGCUCCCGCGGUGGAUGGGCGAUCGCUGGUACGACUACAUCUUGCGGCGGAGGCGAUUGUGGGGCACCUCGGAGGAGGAUGCGGUGCGUUAUCCGAAGCGUGUGCCUGGACUAAAGGAGCGCACAUGGAAACUGUGGGGCAAAUGA